GGUGCUCCGGGGCGGUUUCGGGGGUGAUUCCCGGGAUCCCCUCACCGGGCGGGGAGCUGCGGCUUCCCGGGGAGGCUGGGCCGGGAGCCGGUGGCGGCGGGGGUUGUGUGACCCCGGUUUGAGUCUUGUCACGUGCCCUGCGGGGGUUUUGGAGUGUUCUUUCCGUGGUCUCGCUGUGGCCAAAACAAACCGGGCCGGUUCUGUGGUUUUCCGGUCGGAGCACGCGGGGAACGUGACCGGGGACGGGGCAGCGGAGCGGGGACUCCUCGUGUCCCAAAGUCCCGGCACCGGGGACGGCUCCGAGCUCGGUUUGGGUGGGAGAGGAGGGCAGCGGCCGUGGCCAGGUCCGAGUGUUGGAUUUGGGAACCUGUCCCGUUGGAUUUGGGCUCCUGUCUUGUUGGAUUUGGGAUUCUGUCCCAUUGGAUUUAGGGAUUCUGUCCCAUUGGAUUUGGGGACCUGUCCUAUGGGAUUUGGGGCUCCUGUCCUAUUGAAUUUGGGGACCUGUCCUGUGGGGUUUAGGAUCCUGUCCCAUUGGAUUUGGGGAUCCUGUCCCAUUGGAUUUGGUGAUUCUGUCCCACUGGAUUUGGGGACCUGUCCUAUGGGACUGGGGGUCCUGUCCUGUUGGAUGCAGGGAUUCUGUCCCAUGGGAUUUGGGAUCCUGUCCCAUUGGAUUUGGGGAUCCUGUCCCAUUGGAUUUGGGGAUUCUGUCCUAUUGGAUUUGAGGGUCCGCCCCACUAAAUUUGGGGGUCUCUCACUGAAUAUUGGGGAUGUGUCCCACUGGAUUUGGGGUGUUUCAUUGAAUUUUGGGGAGCUGUCCCUCUGGAUUUGGGGGUCUUUCAUUCAAUUUUGGGUGUCUGUCCUGUCAGAUUUGGGGGUCUGUCCUGUUGCAUUUGGGGGUUUCUCACUGAAUUUUAUGUCUGUCCCUUUGGAUUUGGGGUCUGUCCCUUUGGAUUUGGGGUCUGCCCCGUUAAGUUUGGGGAUCUUUCAUUGAAUUUUGGAUGUCUGUCUUGUUGGAUUUGGGGGUCUCUCAUAGGAUUUGGGGUGUGUCCCAUUGUGGGACCACCACUGAGGGCAGGUGACAGAGAGGGGACACAGGGAGGGAGCUGAGUGAUGGCUGUUGCUGUGACAGCUGCAGCCAUGAUUCCCAGGAGCUGCUGAGCUCCUUAUCCCUCCCGGCGUAGCUGGAAUUCCUCUUUGGGGCCCCCUCCCUUGGAAUGGCUCCUCUGUCCCUCUCAACUGACAGCUCCCAAAAUUCUGCUGCUCGUUGGAUUCCUCAGGCAGCUCCUUGGAUUUUCAUCUUUUUCCUUGGAAAAACUCUGGAGAUGUGGGGCUGGUGUACGCUGAUCCAGAGGAAUUCUGGGCAGAAAUCCCCUGGUUUUGGGGAAUCCUUUGGCUUGGGAUGUUUGAGAAGGAACCAAGCAAAGGUGGGGCUGUGGGGGAGAAGCAGGAAUGAUUGUGUUCAUCAGGAAUGUGCUCAGAAGGAACAGGGAGAGCAGGAGGGAUAAAAGAUUGUUCUGGAGAGGGUGGCUCUGCAUGGCCUGUUCCGUGCCCUUGGCAGCACUUGCUGCUCCUUUGGGAGGCACCAGGACGUUCCUUGGAGCAGGAAAUGUCCUGGCACUGCUGUCCAGCUCCAGCCCUGCCCAUCCUUCCCGCAGUGCCCUGGUUUGGGGUAAAAUGGGGCAUUAUCAGCACCUUUCAGGGCCUCAUUCCUGGGGCAGGACAGGGAUGGCAUUCCCUGCAUGUGUCACUGCCAGGACACAACUGUCACCCUGAUCCCAGGGUGGGACAGGGACACAGCCCCUGGGAGGGACAGGAUCCAACAUGUUAGGGGGUCAGAGCAGGUUUAGGGGGUCCAGGCAGGGUUAUGGGGUCAGGACAGGGUCCAGGCAGGGGACCCCACACUGCAGGGACCCCCUCCCCACAGCGAGUGGACCCCCACCCUCCUCAGCACCUCCUAGCACAGGGGUGACCAGAAACAUUGAAGGGUUUUUGUGUAGAAAACAGUACAAAAGGGACAGGGACACAGCCCCUGGGAGGGACAGGAUCUGUGGAACAGGGCUGGCUCUGGGCUCUUCAGCAUGUGUCACUGUCCUGGGUGGCAGCAAGACCAGGACACAACUGUGACCCUGAUCCCAGAGUGGGACAGGGACACAGCCCCUGGGAAGGACAGGAUCCAUGGCACAGGGCUGGCUCUGGGCUGAUCCCAGAGUGGGACAGGGACACAGCACCUGGGAAGGACAGGAUCCAUGGCACGGGGCUGGCUCUGGGCUGAUCCCAGGGUGGGACAGGGACACAGCCCCUGGGAAGGACAGGAUCCAUGGCACGGGGCUGGCUCUGGGCUGAUCCCAGAGUGGGACAGGGACACAGCCCCUGGGAAGGACAGGAUCCAUGGCACAGGGCUGGCUCUGGGCUGAUCCCAGAGUGGGACAGGGACACAGCCCCUGGGAGGGACAGGAUCCAUGGAACAGGACUGGCUCUGGGCUGAUCCCAGGGUGGGACAGGGACACAGCCCCUGGGAGGGACAGGAUCCAUGGAACAGGGCUGGCUCUGGGCUGAUCCCAGAGUGGGACAGGGACACAGCCCCUGGGAGGGACAGGAUCCAUGGCACGGGGCUGGCUCUGGGCUGAUCCCAGGGUGGGACAGGGACACAGCCCCUGGGAGGGACAGGAUCCAUGGCACUGGGCUGGCUCUGGGCUGAUCCCAGGGUGGGACAGGGACACAGCCCCUGGGAGGGACAGGAUCCAUGGCACGGGGCUGGCUCUGGGCUGAUCCCAGGGUGGGACAGGGACACAGCCCCUGGGAGGGACAGGAUCCAUGGAACAGGGCUGGCUCUGGGCUCUGCAGCUCCCAAGGGCGGCACCGUGCCCGGGCUGGUUCUGCUGGUUGGACCAGCACUGCCCUGCCCAGCUCUGCUGGGCUCUGCCCUCCCUUGGAUCUCCACUGGCUGCUGGGAAUGUCACUGGGAAUGUCAGGGCUCUCUCCAGGCUCUCAGGAGCUGGAAGCUGAACUCUCCCAUGGCAUCUUCCCUAAAUGGUGCCCUUUGAUUGCUGGUUGGCAUUGGGAAUUUCAUUGGGAAUGUCUCCCCAGGCUCUCUUGAGGCUCAGCUCUGGCUCAGGAGCUGGAAGCUCAGCCCUGGCAUGGCCUCUUGCCUAAACAGUGCCCUUUGAUAGCUGGUUGGCAUUGAGAAUUCCAUUGGGAAUGUCUCCCCAGGCUCUCUCCAGGCUCAGCUCUGGCUCAGGAGGUGGAAGCUGAACCCUCUCAUGGCCUCUUCCCUAAACGGCGCCCCUUGACUGCUGGUUGGCAUUGGCAAUGUCAGGGCUCUCUCCAGGCUCUCAGGAGCUGGAGGCUCAUGGCCUGUGGCCUGAGCAGUGCCCUUGGCUCACCAGCUGGUGUUGGGAGUGGCCAGGCUCUCUGCAGGCUCUCCUGGGCCUGGCUGGGGAGCUGGAAGCUGCUCCUGCUCAGUGGGACUUGCCUUAAUAAACUGUUGUUCUCCCCAUUCAGCUCCAGCUGCCCCCGUUCCUGCUCCCAUCCCUGCUCCAGCUGUUCUUCAUGCUGCUCAUUCCCCACCUCUGACUCCAUCUCCAUCCGCCCAGGCGCAGCUGCCCAGCACUGCCCCGGCUCUGCAGGGCCCCCCAGGCCCCGUGUCCCCCCCGGUGGUCCCAGCUGCAGCCAUCCCUGUGUUCUCUGUGCCCCCCCAGCCCCCUGCCCCGGCUCUGCUGGUCCCAGCCACCACUGCCCCUCCUCCAGCUCCACAGGCCCCUGUGGGUUUUGCAGCCCCAGGAUCUCCAGGGCCUGCCCCAGUUAGCCCAGUGUCCCCAGGAUUCCCAGCUCCAGUGUCACCUGGCCUGGCUCCUGCUUCUGCUGCAGUGACAGUGGCCCCUCUUGUCCCAACAGUGAGCCCCAGUUCUCUCCCAGCUGCUCUCACCUCUCCCAUGAAAUCUGCUCCUGCUGCAGCCUCCGUGGGAGCAGCACCUUCUGUGGGAGCUGCACCUCUGGCUCCUCUCCCUGCCUCUGGAGCAGCCCCAGCCCCUCUCCCUCCCUCUGGAGCAGCUCCAGCCCCUCUCCCUGCCUCUGGAGCAGGACUAGCCCCUGGAGCAGCCCCAGCUCCUCUCCCUGCCUCUGGAGCAGCCCCAGCUCCUCUCCCUCCCUCUGGAGCAGCCCCAGCCCCUCUCCUACCUCCCCCAUCCCGUCCCCUUCUGGCAUCUCCCCCACCAGUGCCUCCCACUUUGCUGCCUGCUCCCACGGUGGCAGUGUCCCCCCAGAGUCCAGGAUCACCCCCACUUCCCACAGUCCCGGUGUCUCCUGGAAUUCCUGCUGUUCCAGCCUCUCCCCGAGCCCCAGCCCCAGCCCUGGUUGGUGCCAUCUCUCCCCCUGUCUUCCUGGCUGCCCCCAAAGCUCCUUUGUCACCCCCUAUCCCUCUGCUGCCAGCUGGGAUGUCCCCUGGGCAUCCUGCUGCUGGCCCAGCCCCUGGUGCCCCAGUCUCACCACUGCUCCCAGUUGCUCCUUCUGCUGCCAAGGCCUCUCCCAUGGCCCCCCCAGCUGUGGGACCCCCAGUCCCUCCCUCAGUGGCCAGGACCCCUCCUGGGAGCCCGGCCCCUCGGGCAGCUCCAGUGGCUCCUGCCCUAUCCACACCUGCUCUGGGAGCUGCCAUCUCUGUCCCAGGGUCUCCAGCGAGCCCAGUGUUCCCAGCAGCAGCUCCUGCUGUCCCCUCUGCCAGCUGUCCCCCUGUCACACUGGCCAUGGCAGCUCCAGCCACCCCUCCUGCGGCCAAAGCAGCUCCUCCAAGUCCAGCUGCUGCCCCCUCUCCUCCUGUCACACCACCCAUGGCAGCUCCAGCCACCCCUCCUGUGGCUAAAACAUCUCCUGCUGCCCCUGUCACCCCACCCAUGGCAGCUCCAGCCACCCCUCCUGUGCCCAAAGCAGCUCCUGGGAGCCCGGUCACUGCCCCAGCUGCCCCCUCUGUCCCUGUCACACCGCCCCUGGCACCUCUGGCCACCUCUCCUGUGGCUAAAACAUCUCCUCCUGCCCCUGUCACGCCGGCCGUGGUGGCUCCAGCUGCCCCUCCAGUGGCCAAAGCAGCUCCUGGGAGCCCGGUCAGUGCCCCCUGUGCCCCUGUCACAGCGGCCAUGGCAGCUCCCCCCUCUCCAGCUGCCCCUCCCUCAGCCAAAGAUGCUGCCAAGGGCUCUGUUGCUGCCUCAGCUGCCACUCCAACUCCCCCCAGCCCAGCUCCAAGCACCCCACCUGCAGCCAAAACUGCUCCCAAGAGCCAUAUUGCUGCUCCCCCAUCCCCUGCCACCCCAGCUCCUGCAGCUCCACCAGCUCCAGCUGCCCCCCCAGCAGCUAAAACACCCCCAAAGAGCCCUGCCAAAGCCACCCCAGCUCCAGCCACCCCCACUGAGGACAAGACACCCCCAAAGAGCCCUGCCAAAGCCACCCCAGCUCCAGCCACCCCCACUGAGGACAAGGCACCCCCAAAGAGCCCUGCUAAAGCCACCCCAGCUCCAGCCACCCCCACUGAGGACAAAGCACCCCCAAAGAGCCCUGCCAAAGCCACCCCAGCUCCAGCCACCCCCACUGAGGACAAGGCACCCCCAAAGAGCCCUGCCAAAGCCACCCCAGCUCCAGCCACCCCCACUGAGGACAAAGCACCCCCAAAGAGCCCUGCCAAAGCCACCCCAGCUCCAGCCACCCCCACUGAGGACAAGGCACCCCCAAAGAGCCCUGCCAAAGCCACCCCAGCUCCAGCAUCCCCUGGAGCAGACAAAAAACCUCCCAAGGGCAGCCCUGUCACUGCCUCAUCCACUCCUGUGGCUCCAGCACCUUCAGCUGCCCCUGCUGAGGAUAAGGCACCCCCAAAGAGCCCUGCCAAAGCCACCUCUGCUCCACCAGCCUCUCCUGAGGCCAAGACACCCCCAAAGAGCCCUGCCAAAGCCACCCCAGCCUCUCCUGAGGCCAAGACACCCCCAAAGAGCCCUGCCAAAGCCACCCCAGCCUCUCCUGAGGCCAAAACACCCCCAAAGAGCCCUGCCAAAGCCACCCCAGCCUCUCCUGAGGCCAAAACACCCCCAAAGAGCCCUGCCAAAGCCACCCCAGCUCCAGCCACCCCCACUGAGGAUAAGGCACCCCCAAAGAGUCCUGCCAAAGCCACCCCAGCUCCAGCCACCCCCACUGAGGACAAGGCACCCCCAAAGAGUCCUGCCAAAGCCACCCCUGCUCCACCAGCCUCACCUGAGGCCAAGGCGCCCCCAAAAAGCCCUGCCAAAGCUACCCCAGCCUCUCCUGAGGCCAAGGUAUCCCCAAAAAGCCCUGCCAAAGCCACCCCAGCCCCUGCUGAGGCCAAAACACCCGCAAAGAGCCCUGCCAAAGCCACCCCAGCUCCAGUGGCCCCUGCUGCAGCCAAAGGACCCUCAAAAAGCCCUGCUGAGGCCAAGGCACCCCCAAAAAGCCCCGUCAAAGCUACCCCAGUUCCAUCUACCCCUGCUGAGGCCAAGGCACCCCCAAAAACCCCUGCCAAAGCAACUCCCCCCACAACCACCCCCGCUGCAGCCAAAGCACCCCCAAAAAGCCCUGCUGAGGCCAAGGCACCCCCAAAAAGCCCUGCCAAGGCCACUCCAACUCCAGCAGCCACAACCCCACCUCCUGCCCCAGCCACGGGCGUUUCUGGUGCCCCUCCAAAGCCCCCAGCCCCUGCCAAGAAGCAGCAGCCCCCCACCAAUAACAAGGUGGCCAAGCCGGCCGCCCGCCCCCCCUCGAAAGCCGCGCCCGGCGCUGACGACGAGGACCUGCCACCUCUGCUCCCCCCCGAGCCACCCGUGCUGCUGGAGCUGUCCCCUCCCACGGGGGUCCUGGCACCACAGCCCGUCCUCAAGAAUGACAAGGGUAUUUGUCCAUACGUGCAUGGAGUGUCACUGGCUGCCCACGGGGUACUAACGGCGUGCCCGGUGUGCCACGGGGAGCACGGGGCUGGGCACGCUGCCGGCGGUCACUAACGCGUGUCCUCGGGCACGGAGCACGGCGUGGUGUUUGUGGUUUGUGGUUUGUUUGUGGCAUGGGCACUGCGAGAUGAGCUGAGCUGAGCUGAGCUGAGCUGAGCUGAGCUGGCUUCACACCGAGGAGAUGCCACGUGCCUGACACUGCUGUGUGUGGUGGCCUCGUGGUGGCCUCGUGUCCGGCUGGCAGUGUUGGUGCCAAACUGGGAUGUCCCCACGCUAUGCCUGAAGUGUUGGGAGCCCAGGGCACACCUUGACACCUGCAGAGAGGUUUGCCAAGGCUCCUGUGGGCCAUGAGGCCCUUCCCAGAGGACUGAAUCCAGGUAAUGGCUGCAUGGGAGCAUCAGGGUCACCUCCAGGUGACCUCCAAGGCUGGGGACACUGAGCUCUGCUUCAAUAACCAGUGUGGUCAGUGCCGUGGGUCACAACUGCAGCUGGUGGUGGCCCUCUGGGCACCCAGAGGUGCUGUCCCCUGAGGGGGGUUCAGGGUUAUCCCAGAUUAUCCCUGUAGUGAAGCCACGGAUGUGCAGCAGCCCUGGGGGCUCAGUGAGGGGGUCUUGGUGCUGUGUGUCAGCUCUAGGUUUGAGGGGACUCAAGAGAGGUCCUGUCACACUAAGCUGCUGCCACCUCAGCACCCUGGGAGUGCCACCCACCUCCUCCUCCAGGCAGUGCCACAGGCUGGAGCCACCUUGGGAUUCAUUCUGGAGCCUCUGGGCACCUGUGGGGCUCUGGCACCCUGCUCCCACCAUGGCAAAGCUGAGAACCCACUCGUGCCACCCUGCUGAUGGCAUUCAGAGCGCAGGGAAUGCUCCAUCCACCACCUACCUGGGCUGACUGGUGGCAAACCAGUGUGGCCUGGACCUACCUGAGAUGGGAAGAGUGAGGGGUGUGUGUGUCU